AUGCGACCGGAUCUCGUGGCUGUUCUGAGCGACAGCUCACUUCGUGACCACACGGAAGAAUGCACUUUGCUGCUUUCUCGCUCUUUCCCUGAUGAGCAGCGUCCUGAAUGGGUAGAGACAUUCAGCAAGGAGGCCCUGCAGGCCGACGAAGCGCCCGAGGCGGAGGCGCCUGCCAAGGCUCGGGAUAUUGUCGUAAAACUGGUCCAAGCAACGCCGGGUCUCGUGGAAGGCACCGACCGCGAAAUGGAGGGCCUAUUCAAUCUUUUGAUGUCGCUCGUGGCUAAGUAUAUCCAGGAAGACGACGAAACGUAUGCGAAGUGCUUCCGCCACUUGGCGCGCGUGGUUGGCGAUGCUUCGUCGCCUACAGCGUCCGAACGCAGCGUGGUCAAGUACCGUAUUCUCGCCAACCUGUUCAAUACGUUGUCCACCAACUCCCCACUGCGUCUUGAGAUGUUUGAAACGCUGCUGGCGCUGGCUUCGACGAACGGCGAUAUGGACUUUAUGGAGGCGGCCUUGCAGACGCUCCCAACAUGGCUCACAGAGUGGGAUGUGUCGAUGGAAGAGAAGGAAGCGUGCCUCGCGCGUGUCGCUGAGGCGCUCCAGACAGAAGAGUGUGGCCCGGAGUACGUCGAUAAGGCAUACGAGUACGAAUUGCUGCACCUGCGCUUCCUUUCGGGUGAGUCGUCGCUGAGCAAGGAUCGCCGUGUUAUGGCAGCGGAGACGGCGUUGGCCAACAUUUUGCGUCUCCCGAAGCUGUUCGAGAUGGAAGAGGUGUUACAUGUGCCUGUCACGACAGAGCUGGGUGCUUCGCCUAUCCUGACGCUGCUCAAGAUUGUCGUGGGCGGCACACGUGCGGACUACGAGGCGUGGGCCAAGUCUAGUGAGGGGGGCCAGACGUUGCAAAAGCUCUCUCUCAGUGACGACGAGCUUCGUCGUAAGAUGCGUUUGCUGGAUCUGGCGUCGCUGUGUGCGCGCAGCGUGUCGUCGGAAGUGUCGUACGAGGACAUGGCCAAGGUGCUCGAUGUGCCUGUGGACGACGUUGAGUCAUGGGUCAUUGAUGUGAUUCGUGCUGGUCUCGUCUCUGGCAAGCUCUCGCAAGUCACGCAGUCGUUCCGUGUCUACCGCUCGACCUAUCGUGCCUUUGAGAAGGCGCAAUGGGAAUUGCUCGAGCAGCGCCUGACGCAGUGGCAGAGCAGCAUCCAAAAGCUACUUACGACCAUGUCACAAGCGCCUACGCAGGUGCCGACGGCGCUGGCCGACGAAGCCCAGGCCACUGCCUAA